AUGCAACGGGAAGAAACUCACUUUCUAUGCCAAUGGGAUGUAUUCAGUUUGUUCCGCGUCAUUCCCUUUGGAGCUUUGACAAUGUGCACGCCACUGUUCUCCAUGCCACGCUGCAAGGGCAGCUCGCCUCGUGCCAUAUCACCCCGUUGCUUUGCCUUGCCUCCAUCGGGAUCGGGGUUGGGGAUGAGAUCAAUCCCUCGGGAUUCGGCAUCGACUUCGGCACGCUCGAGUGACCUUUCGAUGCCUGUGAGAAAGUUGAAGUCCUUGUCAAACGCAGCUGGUGUGGCCAAUUCGUUUCUCUUGAGGUAUUCAGCUGGGUCUCGGAUGCCAGAGCAUUGUGACCACAGCUUAUGGCGUUUGGAGCAGGCUAGCGAACACGUGCGGCUAGCGCACCGGGGGCACUUGUACUUUUGCCUCUUUUCAUGGCUAUUAUCCCAUCAUUCUAUUAGCUUCGUCCCGGAUCCUCUGCCAUUCCUCCAUGUCACCGACAGUUUGACCGCCCUUCUGCCGGUUGCGUUAAGAAUCGACAUACCAAAUUGCGCACAGUUGCGUGAGAGGCAGCUCAGCGAGCUGGAUUUCCUUGUCCAUCUCUCUCUCAUUAAUUCGAUUCUUAGCUUCUUGGUUUCAGCAGCGUUGGCUGUUCGUCUUUGCUCUUUUAUCUUCGCCGUCGCCGUCUUAUUCUUGCUCGAAGCUCAAAAAAAAAGUCGAUGA